AUGAUCGCCGUCCGUGGUCUCAGCCUGGUUUGGGCCCUUGGCAUCCUCGCCCUAUCCAGUGCUCAGGCGCAUGAUCAUGAUCACCGGGCUUCAUUGCGGGGGCACCAGGAGCCACAGCAGCCCGAGGUGCAAGAAGCCGCGGAUCAAGAGCCUGCCGACAAUGAGCAGCCUGGUGUUGCAGAGGACCCAGCGGUUGCGGAGGAACAAAUGCAGCUGUUGCAGCUGGAGAAGGCCAUGAAGCAGACGGAACACAGGUUGGCCUUGUCGAGUGCCGUGUGCCUGCUUGUCCAGACGAUCAUAGUGACCAUCGUCGGCCUGCUGUAUACAAGCUGCUUCCAGAGCAAGCCUUCGCCCGACGAGGUGCUGCAGCCGGAGCGUGCGCAGGAAGGCUUUCGGUACGGUCUUUGCGAUGGCUGUUGCCACAGCCUGCGGAUCUGCUGCUGCAGCUUUUGGUGCUUGCCUGUGCGCUGGGCCGACACGGCCAGCUCACCGCAGAUCAAGUUUCUGGGUUUCGGCACAGCGGUCUUCCUCUUCCAGCUCCUCUACGUGCUUUCCAGGCUCCCGAGCGUCUUCAUCUCUUUCAUGGCCCCCUCAUCCCCCUCAGAGCCCUCUCCCAUGGGUCCUAUGAUCCUUCUGCUGGUAUUGGCGGUGCUCUUCCAUGUCCUGCUGUUGGUGAUGCUUGUGCGACACCGCCAGCGUGUCCGCAGCCAGUACGGGCUGCCCCACGGCACCUGCGGCACUUGCACCUGCGACGUCUUGGUCUGGAUUUUCUGCUCCUGCUGUGCUGGCAUGCAGGAGGCUCUGCAGGUGGAGUACGUCGGUGAGCCGGUGGAAAUCUGCGAAGGCAAGUUCGAAAACAAGCGCAGCGCCAUGUGCUGA